GUUCUCUCGAUUAGCUCGUUUACCGAACUACCUCAUUCAGUUGGUCACGUAAGAACCACCUUCCUAUAUCUCUCUCUCUCUCUCUCUCAUCUCCCCUCCUUCAUAUUCUUGACAGAUUUAUUCAAAUUCAAAUCUGUUGUUUGAUUUCCUCAUUUGGGUAUCUCUCUCUCUUUCUUUCAUUAAGUAUCUUUUACGCCCUCAAGUGACCUCCUAGCUGCCAACGCAAUCACCUUCUGUGUUUUCUCUCGAUCCACUUUCUUCCACAAUUUGAAGAAGUUCCGGCUUUCCUCGACGCAUUAAUGGCUGCGGUGGAAUGAUUGAUUCGUGUUUAUUGGAAUCGUGAAGGAUUAAUUAACCAACAAUUUUAACAAAUUUGAUUUGGGUGCCGCUAAACUAAUUAAUCGCAAGAUGGGGAGGGUGAAGCUUACAAUCAAGCGUUUGGAGAGUAUGAAUAGACGUCAAAUUACCUACUCGAAGCGCAGGGCAGGUAUCGCGAAGAAGGCCACUGAGCUCUCCGUAUUGUGCGACAUUGAUAUUUUACUUCUCAUGUUCUCGCCAACGGGAAAACCAACGAUAUGUCUUGGAGAGCACAGCAAAUUUGAGGACGUUAUUACUAAGUUUGCACAAUUGACCCCACAAGAGAGAACAAAGAGGAAAUUAGAAAGCCUUGAGGUGCUAAAGAAGACAUUUAAGAAAUUGGAUCAUGAUGUAAAUAUUCCAGACUUCUUGGGUUCAAGCAACCAGAUCAUUGAGGAGUUAUCUAGCCACUUGCUGAACUUAAAAUCUCAAUUAUUUGAGACGCAAAGAAAAUUAAGUGAUUGGACUGACCCUGACAACGUUGGUAGCAUAGAGCAAAUCACGCAAAUGGAACAUACUCUACUGGAAGCUUUAAAUCGGAUUCAAAUGCAAAAGAUAUACCUUAUUAGGAAUCAACUUUUGCAGUUAGAUUACCCUGGUGAGUUUCUCAAUGCCAUGCAAUUGCAUGUGAAUUCGAGCAACGAGCAACAACCUUCAAAUAUGCAAUGGCAACAUCAUGGUGAUGACCAAAGUUUCAUGGUUUCAGGAGCUCCUAGCUUGCUACCUCAAAGGAAUAACAUGUGUUCCACAGAAACAUCACUUCAAGACUACCCUGACUAUUACGGCAUAGAAGAACAAGUAGUGUGUAGUAACAAUGGACAAGAGGAACCCAUGAAUGGUAUGGGUCACAAUUCAUGCUUACAGCUACAGCUUGGAGCACAGCACCCUUAUCAAUCCUAUGAUAUGAAUCUUUUUGCUAACAAGUUCCAACCUAAUGGAGAAGUCAGCUUACAGGCGAAUCAAGUAGAUUUCCAAUUUAACGGGUUCAAGCCCCCCGCAAAAGAAGUUACUACCGAACUACAGAAUUGGGUUGAUGCCACUAAGUCGUGUGUUCGUCCCAUGUUUGAAGAUCCCGUUUACAGUCAAGGAUUAUCAACCUUCGGCCACUAAUCUCUCCGGUCGACCUAGCGGACAACCCACCCUAUACUCAUCCGGGCCAACACUUAAGGCUUUGCACAAAUUGCCAUGGGAUUCGAACUCGGGACCUGGCCUAUGGCCAGCCAGCUCUUCACCACCAAGACAACCCGUGGUGGGUGAAAGAUUUUAAUUUUAAGUUGCAUGUCGUACAAAGAAAACUCAUGCAUAUAACUGUGCAGUCUUUUAUAAAAUAACCAGAGAACUGAGGCUCUAAUGUAUAUUAAUUUUUUUGGCAGUUUGUUGAAUUUUGAUUUUUUUUUUUUUUUU